AUGGGGAAAGGCGAUGGCAAGUGGGGCAAGAAAGGCGACGGGCUUGGCCCGGGCGGCCCUGGAGUGGGCCCCGGCGCAGCUGCCUGGAAGGGGCUUGCGAAAUGGGGUGGCAAGGGGGACAAAAGUGAGAAGGGGAAUUGGAUUUCUCAGCCCGAGGAUGGGCCGGAGUUGAAAAGGCCAAGGAUGGAUGCCAUGGGCCCUGAAUUCUCCUUGAAAGGCAGGGAUGGAGGCAAGGGCCUGGGCAAAGGCUUGGCUCCAGGCCUUGCCAAGGGCCAAAUGGUGCCACCGGGCCUCCCCAUGGGCGCCAUGCCGGGUGGCAAAGGUCUAGCUGGACCUGGUGGGAUGCCCGUGCUACCACCGGCUCCCUUGCACGCGGGCUUGCUCCCGCCUGGGCACACAGCACCAGCCAUGGCCUUGAAUAUGGCCAAGUCGGCGGCUGCGGGCGCAGGGCCUCCAGGAAAGCUCGUCCUCCUAGCCCCUGCCACGAAGCACAUCACGCCGGUCUCCAGUAAAACGGCGUCCACCAACAACAAGAAGAUUGCCAUGGAGUUUGUGCACGCUUCGAAGGACGUCCAAGCGCAAAUGCUUAAGGACCCCACCGUGGCCAGAGUUGCGUUGAGCUUUGCAAGGGUAGACUCCCUGCUGACGCAUUGGGCUGACAAGCUUCCUAGCUUCCUGGCAUGGCACUCAUGCGGUUGGUGGGAGAAGAUUCCCGCUUGUUAG